UGCAGAGUGAUGGGCAGUGCUAGCCAAGGCCUGAUUGUUCUUCCACACAGCCAGGUUGCCCUACAGGAUCCUGUGCUGUUUUCUAGCCUGGAGAAGCUACCCCUUGCUCGAGACCCUGACAGCCAAAGCUGGAGGUCCCUUGACAGUCCGAGUCCCCCAGCCACCCCUGAACAGACUCUGCCCACGUUCUGCCUGCAGUACUUUGACAUGCUCUACCCAGAUGACAGCAACUGGGUGCCCAAGAGUCUGGGGGAAAGUCAGCCACCCACCAGCCAAGGGGGCAGGAUGGAAGUGCCCAAAGAACCUGAGCAGUGCCCUAUCAUUGACAGCCAAGGGCUCAGCCUCACGCCUGAUAUGGACUACCAAGCCAGUCUCCAUCUGGAGGAGCAUUCCCUGGAGCAGGUGCAGAGUAUGGUCGUGGGAGAAGUGCUCAAGGACAUCGAAACAGCUUGCAAGCUCCUCAAUAUUGCCGCAGACCCAGCAGAGUGGAGUCCAGGAAAUGUCCAGAAGUGGAUCUUAUGGACAGAGCACCAAUACCGGUUGCCCCAAAUUGGGAAAUCAUUCCAGGAUCUAUCUGGAAAGGACCUGUGUGCCAUGACUGAGGAGCAGUUCCGCCAGCGCUCCCCAGCAUGUGGUGAUGUCUUGCAUGCUCACCUGGACAUUUGGAAAUCAGCUGCCUGGAUGAAAGAGAAAACUGCUCCUGGAGAGAUGCUUUACUGUGGGAAUGAAGAGGGUUGGACGGACAAUGAGGUGGAUUCAUCCUGCUCAGGCCAACCCAUUCACCUGUGGCAGUUUCUGAAAGAGCUUCUGCUGAAGCCCCAUAACUAUGGACGCUUCAUUCGCUGGCUUAAUAAGGAGAAAGGUAUAUUUAAAAUUGAAGAUUCUGCCCAGGUGGCUCGUCUGUGGGGAAUCCGGAAGAAUCGACCUGCUAUGAACUAUGACAAGUUGAGCCGUUCCAUCCGGCAGUAUUAUAAAAAAGGGAUCAUCCGGAAACCAGACAUCUCCCAGCGGCUGGUAUACCAGUUUGUGCACCCAGUCUGA